AUGUCCCAAGGCAGGGUGGCCUCUAUGCCUCCUCAUGAUGGAUCAGGGGGUGCUUUGGUUUCCGGUACUUCCAGGUACUUCAUCUACGACGGUCACCAAAAAAACCAAACUCUUGAAGGUGAGGAGGCUAUUAUUAAUGUCGAAAAUAGGCAUUCUUUCAAAUGUUACGCGUGGAAGUUCAUAACUUCCACAUUCGAAGUUGGCCCUCAAGGCUUUGAGCCAUAUUUCCACAGCAGAGCCCGUCUGCAAGAAGUGGAUGCAUGCGCAGGUUCAGAGUGGCAAAGAGAUGGAUGA